GGCUCCACCAUCUAAGCUCGCUGUUGCAACUUCAUCCUUGGUGCGCCUGGUGAAGGAAGAGGCUAGCUAUCACAAGGAGAUGGCCCAGCAAGAGGCUCGCAUCAAGAAGCUCGAGGGCGACAGCGCCGAUGAGAAUGCCGAGUAUCAGCUAAGACAAGAGCGUCAAGGGCUUGAGGAGACCAAGAAUGUCCUGCCUUCAAUGCGACAGAAAAUCCAGGAGGCGCUUGACAGGUUGGAGCAGGAGCUUGAGAGCAACAAGGAAUCUGGUGGCGAGCAGGAUUCCAAGCAGGUCACCAAGGCAAAGAGCGCACUUGCAGAUGCGAAGAAGGCCGUCGAAGAGAUCUCGUAGAUGCGGAAUGAGGACUUCGGGAGUGUUCGAGAGGAAAUAACUAUGAUUCUGAAAGUGUUCCUAUCCUAGCCGUGCUAUGCAAUUCCAGACUCCACGCUAUGCUGUAAAACAAAUGAACAAGGUCGCUCCUAAGCUUAUAUCAGAAAUCGUCGCACUGAGGAGUCUCAUGAUAUAUCCAUCUGGUCAACUGG